CUGAUCGUGUACCUAUUCAAUGAUUUGAUUUGAUGAUACAAAAAUAUAAAGAAACACAUGGUUUCAAUUACUUAAAUGCACUAAAUUUAGACCGGUUAUAUGUAAAUAAAUAUUUUCAUUUAUCUACAUUUAUCUGUAUUACGAUGUCAGGAAAAAAAUGCAAACACUGUGGCUCUUCAGAUAUAGAAGUAGACCCAGCUAGAGGUGACGCAGUGUGCACUAAUUGUGGUUCUGUGUUAGAAGAUAACAUAAUCGUUGCAGAAGUAGAAUUCCAAGAGAAUGCACACGGUGGUGCCUCAGCUAUUGGUCAAUUCGUAUCUGCAGAAACAAAAGGAGGGGCUUCUGGUUUUGGACGAGCUUUUAAUGCUGGUAUUGGACAAGAAUCUAGAGAAGUGACAUUGAGAAAAGCUAGAGAUGGUAUUACAGCAUUGUGCCAACAAUUACGUCUUAACCAGCAAUGCAUUGACAUAUCAUGUAAUUUUUUCAAAAUGGCCCUUGCAAGACAUCUCACGAUUGGACGUCAGUCAUCCCUUACACAAGCGGCAUGUGUCUACAUGACAUGUAGAACAGAAGGAACAGCCCAUCUCCUAAUAGAUGUCAGCGAUGCUCUUCAGCUGUGCUGCUACCAACUAGGCCGCACAUAUUUCAAAUUAUCUCGAGCACUCUGCAUCAACAUUCCACCAAAUGAUCCUUGUCUUUAUAUACUUCGUUUCGCAUCUCAAUUGAAAUUUGAAGACAAAAAACACGAGGUCAGCAUGACUGCACUACGCCUGGUGCAGCGGAUGAAGAGAGAUUCCAUUCAUUCGGGUCGGAGGCCGUCCGGGGUUUGCGGGGCAGCGCUCCUAAUAGCAGCUCGUCUGCAUGAUUUCUCCAGAACCACAGCGGAUGUUGUAAGAAUUGUUAAGAUCCACGAGUCAACUCUGCGUAAGCGUCUCAUUGAGUUUGGCGAGACACCCUCCAGUGCCCUCACCCUGGACGAGUUUAUGACCGUCGACUUGGAGGAGGAACAGGAUCCACCAGCUUUCAAAGCAGCGCGGAAAAGGGAUAAGGAUCGGUUACAGAAGUUAAUGGAAGAAGAAGAUGGCGAAAAAGAGUUAACCGAGCUGCAAAGAGAUAUAGAAGCUCAAUUAGACAAGGACACUACAAAAAGAAAGAGAGCAGCUCUCGUUUUAUCUCCGACUCCAUCGAUGUUGCAAAUGGAUGAAGGAUCGACGGAAGACGCCGAAGCGACUCGAUUUGCAACAGAAGAUACAUUGUCUCUCAUCGGUGAAAUAACUAAGGAUGUACAGCCUAAGGAAGAUUCUAACACUAAGAACGAACUUCACUUAGAAAAAGGGCUCGGUCCAGAAUUAGUGGUCAUCGGGUUGGGUCAGCAAGAAGAAAAGUCGGAAACGUUUGUUAAGCCAGAAGGAAAGCAGCAACUCAACAAGGACCUGCAUAAUGCAGAAGAUUUGCACCUCAGCAACCAAGACGAAGAGUAUGUAAAUUCACUAAUCAUGACCGAGGAGGAGGCCCGACAUAAGACUCUUCUGUGGCACAAUAUUAAUGCUGAUUAUUUAAAAGAACAGAAAAUUAAAGAAGAAAUUCGCGCUAGAGAGAAAGAAGAAGGCAAAGAUAAGAAGCGUAAAGUCAGAGGCUCCUACAAAAAGAAGGUAGCUUGUAACGCCGCUACCGCCGGCGAGGCGAUCGGCAAGAUGUUGGCCGAGAAAAAAAUGAGUUCCAAAAUCAACUACGACAUUCUAAAGACUCUGGACCAGCCGGGAACAGCGCCGAGUCCAACCACGGCCGGCGAACCGGCCCCGCAGAGCGAACAGACGGAGCAGGAGCCAGUAACACCGUCGGUCAUGGAGACGGUGGUGGAGAGCGCGGUGCCGGCCUCGCCCGUGCCCCGCAAGCGCAAGAAGAAGCCCGCGCCCACGUUCAACACGGCGCCCGCCACGCCCGCGCGCGCGCCGUCCGCGCCCGCCACGCCCGCCACGCCCGCACCCGCCACCCCCGCGCAGGCACAAGAUGCAGCAGAUGACUACGACGAAGACUUGGAAGUCGAAGAAACCGCACCCGAUGUCAGCGAACAGCUGUCCCUCGCUGCGAUGCUGAAAAAUGGAGACGACGACGAUUACUAUGACUAUGAGGAAUACUAGCGAUCUCUUAGUUGUAUUUCCAUAUUUAUUAUUAGAAAUGCUUGAACAUAAUAUCUGUAUAAGCAAAACAUACUGGCUGCUCCGGUGUUAAAAUUUAAAUAAAAUAAAAAUAGGAUUUGAGUGUUCGUUAGGAAUAUAUCACUGCGUAUUUAAUAGAAUCUGUAUAAGAGUGUAUCGGUAGUGACUGUUAAACAUUAGUUCAAGGUAAUAUGAACAGUGCUUUGUACAAUUUUGUGCCUUCUCUACUAAGAGAUCGCUUUAUAGUUAUCCUGAGAAUCUCAAUAUGUCAAAAGAUCACACAACAGAAACACAACAGAAAAUAUAAACGCCUUCAAACAUUGAUUGCCUUUAAAUUGUUAAAAUGAUAAACAAAGCAAUACAUAACUUAUGUAAUAUAUGGUUGUUUUUUAUAUUUUUAUAAAAUUUUAAUAAGGAAAAAUAUUUUAAAAGUAGAAUGUGGAUAAAAUAGUGGUUAUAUAAUGUAUGUAGACGUAGAGAACGAAGCGUAAUAAAAGUUAAAGACUCGUAUCCCUAGCGCUCCUAAGAUUUUAGUACUCUGCGGGUAGCGAACGUUCAAUACAAUGUGGAUUACAAUACAUUCCGAUUGCAGGAAUAGUAAAGACAAACAAAUCUAAGAUUUACAUAUUCCAUGGAAAUUGAUAAUAACUCUGCUGUAUUAUGCAGUCUAACCGGUUCUUGAUUAAUAUAUCUUUGUACUAGUUUAUUUACCACAGAUAAUAUAAAUCUCGACCAAAGUUUCUAUUAUAUAUUUUUAUUCCUCCUGCCAUUGGAAUUGACUAUACUAAUGUUAGCUUACAAAAUAACUGUCAAAUUUAUAGACGCUUACAUUUUUUUUUUAAAUAUUUUUUAAGGUAAUUUUUAUAAGUCAAGAAUUAUUUAAAAUCUGGUUGUUCCGUUUAACUCUUUCCGCGAUUGUUGACCCACCGCUAAAUUUAUAGAGGAGUGUAGAGAGCGUUGAAAGAUAAUACAUUUUUACAAAAAUUGUAAAAUGUAUGAAAUUUAGAUGAUGCCGCUCGCAGCUAAGAGGGUGAAUUUGACUAAAAAUAAAUUAGAGAAAGUUAGACAUCUACCUUCAAAAUGCGUUAUUUUCAAAUUACUUCAUAAAUCAAAUUAUAAGUCCUAUUUAGUAAACACAUUAAUUAUAAUUUUAGGUAAUACCAUCUUGUUAUAUUAGUCCCAUUUUGGCAAUUUUUGGAACCCUUAUUAAAUAAGAGAUACUUCUUACCUCUUCACUCCAUAGUUUGUAGCGGCAAUUAGACGUAUUACUAUUAAUAAUGACUCUUCAUAGGAUUUUUUUUCUGUUUUAGAAUUUAAUACUAAAAUAUAGAAAAUAGCAUAUAUCCCAAAUUAUUAUCCUUAAUAAUAGACUGUUAAUGUUAUUUUAAUUAUGAAGAACGGAAAAAUAGUUGAAUGUUGAGUUGAUCAGUUAUCUUAGUAUGAUUAGAUUUAAUUUUAAAAGAAGAUAAAAUAAAAUAUGAUUGUAAAGUGAUGUGAAUACUUAUAAGAAAAACGUUUUUUUAACACUAGUUUUUUAAUAAGGCUUUUGGUAACGAAGCAAUUUUUUCCUUGGCGUAUUUUAAAGAUGAAAAAAGAAAAUGUCGUUCAAGUUGAACGAAAAUAAUUGUAAGUCAUUUUAAAUGAUUGUAAUAUGUUUUUAGAAUGGGGUACGUGAUUCGAACCUUUAUGGUGAUCUUCCCACUUCUUUGGUUAAUUUAUAAAACGAUGCUUUAGCAAGAGGGUUCCCAUCAAAAUACCAAAAGUAUCAGUACUGAUGAAUAUUUAUAGAAGAGUGUUUUAAGACCUUUAGUUAUUGAUUUUGUAACCGAUGUAGGCACAGUUUUAAACUAUUCCAUUUCAUAAAAUAUUUUUAAUCAAAAACCAUUAUAUUUGGUUUAUAUGUUUUGUAAUACUUAACAAUUUCUAUUAUUUAAUGCGACAUUUUUUUUAAAUCAUCUAACCUUCUACUAAAUUUAACAUUCUAAAAAAGUACUGUACAAUAAGGCAUGUUAACAUGUUAUGUAAACUACUUUAGAUCUCAACUAAUCGAUUUUAUAAGAAUAAUACACAUUAUAUGAAAUAUAAGUAUUACUCCUUUUGUAUUGUUAAAGUGUAUUCAAAAAUAAUAAUCAUACCUAAAUAUGACGGCUAAUUUACUUAAUUUGGCAUAACAACUGAUAACAAAAAAAUAAAACAAGGCUUGUUGAACGCUUGAUAAAAAUGAUAAAUACAAUUUGUAUAAAAAUCGAAUUGAACAAAAACUUUUGACCAGUGCAUUUUAUUUAAAAAAAAUAAGUUUUUUUUAUUUAUUAAUAUUUCUAUCAAAUGUAAUAAGUAUCAUAUUAGAAAUUAAAAUUUCUUUUUUCUAUUUAUUGCAUUUAGGUAUUUGAGAGUUGGUUGCAAUUUGUUGCAAUCGGAAUUUGAUAGCAAUAAACAAUUAUAGUAUAGGACUAUGUAUGUUAUCACUAGCAAGGUCAACAUAAUGAAAAAAAAUAGUUUUAAUAGUAUUAUUUUUGUUAUAUCAUUCUUUCAUUAAAUGUAAGUUUUGUUUAUG